AGAGUGGGCGGAGCUUUUAUGUUGAGGGGAUCGACGUGUCUUCGAUGUGAAAACUUGUUCGUAUCUGGCGGGAGAAGCGGGUGAAAGCAUCUGUCAACUAAUGCAUCCCAGUAAGAGAGUGGGUCCUUGCCCAUCUUGUAAAUCACCAAGCAUUCCUGGACUUUACAUUGCUGGUCAGCAUUGCACUUCGCUGGUCUCCUCGUUUGCUGCGACGGAGACUGGAUUUGACAGGUUUCAUUUGUUGUCUGAAACAAUGACUACGGAGACAUGGCAUAGCCUCGUAACCAGUAGUAAAAAGGGAAGGGCUUUUUCCUGUGACGUGAUCUGUAAACGUCGAAGAAGCAAUGACUCUCGAAAAAUAGCGCAUCUUCGAAGACGAAGGACUGAUCAAGGAUGAUUUUUGUUCGGCAUUGGGUGAGAUAUCGAUGGGACCUACCGUACCGCGCUCGGACAGACUUGGAAUUUUGAUAAAUCGUCUCAAACCAUGCAAAGUGAUUGAUUACUAUGGUAUGAUCU